CGUACCUGCACCGACCUUAUUCCACAUUCACUUUGUUUUGAUCUCCCCCAAAACUCGAGUGAAGUUGGCUGUGGUGGUCAUACGCACGGGAUAGAAAACGCGAAAAAUCACAUCAGAAAGACGGGAAUUGGCUAGAAAAACGCAUCAAAACCUAAACAGAAAAUGUUUAUCGCUGCCACAAUCAAUAACAAUAAGCCGUGGUUUUAAUGGCGCUUAGCAGUAGCAGCAGCAGCAGCAGUCACGGUGUUGUCAGUGUUGUCGCCUCUUCGAUGCACUCGACGACAAUGGUGCAGCGGGCAGGUUCCACCAUCCACGGAUGAUACGGCCCCCCCCCCGAAUGAAGAGGAUGGUGAUGACGACGAUGCACGGUUGUGUUGCGUUUUGCAUGUUGGUGGUGAUCAUGUUACAGCAGUGCCGGUUGCGGCUUCUUCACGUGUAAACAGCGAGCUGCUCGCGCGCGCUCUUGUGGUGGCUUCGUCUUCUUUCUUGACCGAACCGCGGAAAACUUCACACCGAGAAACAUCACACCGUCAUUUCUAACCUGUGCAAAACCGUGUCGUGUGUGUGUGUGUGGCUGCUAGUAUGUAGCGAAUAUUGCGUGUGUGUGUGCGCGUGUAUUGUGCAUGUGGGUGUGCGUUGUGUGUUGCGAAUACGGUAAAGUGCAAUAGAGGAAAAACCAUCCGACCAUUCGGAUGAAAAUUCGUGUUCUGUGUGUGAACCCAGUUCCUACAACAGCAAAAAUCGUUCAAAACAACAAAUGUCUGAUGUCAAAUCACUGUUGCAAAAAAAGGCUGAUCUAAAGAUCUCACCAAGCGUGAUUAGCAAGUGAAGAAAACGUGUGCAUUUACCAGGAAAUUGAAGCAAGUGCGUCGUGCGAAGAAGACUUGUAGGCAUAGCAACGACGAUGCCUACUGGCCUGUGUUAGCAGUUAAAGAAAGAAACGAAAUCGAAAAUAUACUCCAGCAAAAUACAGAAAAGCCAACAAAACGGUUCACACGAGACCGCGGAGGUGUGGACGAGGCGUGGUGGCCGUUCAAAGGGGGCGGUGAAAAAAACACCCGAAGCCCAUAAACACAUUAAUUCACACCCGGGUGCUGGAAUAAGGCGACAAAAAACACACGGGAGUAUAUAUGUGUCUGUUGCUGCUGCUUCUUGGGCGAACGCACUGGAUCGGUGCCGAAGGCUAAAGUAUGUUCUCUGGCAGUUCGCACGUAUCGAUCACGGAUGCGGCUGAUUACGAUUUCGAGAAUGCGGAAAAUGCGGCCAAAUGGAGGGGCUUGUUCAUCUCAUCGUUGCGGAAGGUGCUGGAGCAGGUGCAUCCUUCGCUGCAGGCCCGGGAGGAUGCAUUGCUGUACGUCGAGAGCCUAUGCCUGCGAUUGUUAGCGACACUGUGUGCGAAGCCACCGCCGCACACGGUAAUGGAUGUGGAGGAACGUAUCAGCCGUACCUUUCCGAACCCGAUCGAUAGGUGGGCACUAGGAGAGGCACGCGAAACGAUUGACAAGUCGAAGAAGAAGAAACCGGUGCUACCAGUUGAUCGUGUGCAUACGCUACUGCAGAAGGAGGUGCUGCAGUACAAAAUCGACAGUUCCGUAUCGCUGUUUCUGGUGGCAGUUCUCGAGUACAUAUCCGCCGACAUCCUGAAGCUGGCCGGGUACUAUGUGAAGAACAUACGCCAUAUCGAAAUCACCCGCGAGGACAUCGAGGUCGCCAUGUGCGCUGACAAGGUACUGAUGGACAUGUUCUAUCAGGGUGAAAGCUCCAACUCGAUGGCACCGAGUCCGCUUCCACCGACGCCCCGUGCCAGCCUCAGCUACGAGGAGGUCGUGAAGGAGCUGAUCCACGACGAGAAACAGUAUCAACGGGAUCUGCACAUGAUCAUCCGAGUAUUCCGGGAGGAACUAGUUAAGAUAGUUAAGGAUCCAAAAGAGCUGGAUUUAAUAUUUUCCAACAUAAUAGACAUUUAUGAAGUUUCGGUGACGUUGCUGGGAUCGCUCGAAGAUGUGAUAGAAAUGUCCCAGGAACAAACGCCACCGUGUAUUGGUAGCUGUUUUGAAGAACUGGCGGAAGCGGCUGAGUUCGACGUGUACGCCAAGUAUGCAAUGGAUAUUACAUCGGUGAUUGCAAAGGAAGCACUAGCCAAUUUAUUAGCACGACCGGAGGUAGCCAGUUCACUGAUGUCGGCCGGACACGGUUUCAAGGAGGCGGUCAAAUUUUACCUACCAAAACUACUAUUAGGGCCUAUCGGGCACGCGCAGUUAUAUUUGGAUUAUAUUAAGGUUUUACUACAGCUGAGUCCCUCGCAGGAGGACAAGGAGAGCUUCGAGCAGGUGCAAGGCUUGCUGAAACCUCUGCAGUGCGAGCUGCAGAGCAUUUCAUCGCUCCUGCCAAAAGAAUACUUUACCCGCGUGAACAGCCGUGCCCGCAGACAGUCAGCGAUAGAGAAAACGCGCGACCUACAGAACACGGUCGAACACUGGGACAAGGACGUGGGUCAGUGCUGCAACGAGUUUAUCCGCGAGGAUACGCUGGCAAAGUUAAGCUCCGGCAAGCGCCAGACCGAGCGGAAGGUGUUUCUCUUCGACGGCUUGCUGGUGCUGUGCAAGGCGAGACGUCAGAUCGUGCCGGGCAACAACUACGAUUACCGGCAGAAGGAGCGGUUCUUCAUGCGGAAGGUCGAAAUCAUUGAUCGGCCCGACACGGACGAGCUGAAGCACGCGUUCGAGAUCUCGCCCCGGGAGCAGCAGAGCGUUGUACUUAUCACCAAGAACGCCCAGCACAAGAACGACUGGAUGGCGGACCUGAUCAUGCUGAACACCAAGUCGAUGCUGGAGCGCAUACUGGACAGCAUCUUGCUGGACAUCGAGAAGAAGCAUCCGCUAAAGCUGCCGAGCCCGGAGAUUUACAAGUUUGCCGUGCCGGACAGUCCGGCAAACAUUGUGCUGGAGGAGCGGGAAGGUACCGGUGUGCCGUUGAUUAAGGGUGCAACGCUGUGCAAGCUGAUCGAGCGCCUGACGUACCACAUCUACGCGGAUCCAAUGUUUGUGCGCACGUUUCUGACCACGUACCGGUCGUUCUGUUCGCCCAAGGAGCUGCUGCAGCUGCUGGUCGAACGGUUCGAUAUUCCCGAUCCGGCGGUCGUGUACGAUCCGGCGGCGGAAAAGGAACAGGCGGCCGGCGACACGGACAAGUUCCACAAGAACUCCCAGCGGGAGGAUUGGAAGCGGUACAAGAAGGAGUACGUGCAGCCGGUACAGUUUCGCGUGCUGAACGUGCUGCGGCACUGGGUCGAUCAUCAUUUUUACGACUUUGAGCGGGACGGCGAGCUGCUCGAGUCACUCGAACGGUUUCUCGAGACGGUGCGCGGCAAAUCGAUGCGCAAGUGGGUUGACUCGGUGAUGAAGAUUGUCCAGCGGAAGAACGAAAGUGAGGACAAUCACCGGCAGAUAACGUUCGCGUUCGGUCACAGUCCGCCGGCGAUUGAGCACCAUCUGCCGCUGAAUAGCGAGAAUGAGUUUAACCUGCUGAUGCUACAUCCGCUAGAGCUGGCCCGACAGUUGACGCUGCUGGAGUUUGAGAUGUACAAGAAUGUCAAACCCUCCGAACUGGUUGGCUCGGUGUGGACGGGGAAGGAUAAAGAAACGACUAGUCCUAAUUUAUUGAAAAUAAUGCAUCACACCACAAAUUUUACACGGUGGAUCGAGAAAUCGAUAAUCGAGGCAGAAAACUUCGAAGAGCGUGUGGCGAUGGCAAGCCGCGCGAUCGAGGUGAUGAUGGUGCUGCAGGAUCUGAACAACUUCAACGGCGUGCUGUCGAUCGUGUCCGCCUUUCAGGGGGCGGCCGUCCACCGGCUCAAGCUCACGCUGGAGGACAUUCCGAAGCGCCAUCAGCAGGUGUUGGGCGAGUGCCGCGAGCUGAACAACUCGCACUUCAAAAAGUACCAGGAGAAGCUGCGCUCGAUCAACCCGCCCUGUGUGCCAUUUUUCGGCAUGUACCUCACCAACAUCCUGCACAUCGAGGAAGGCAACCCGGACUUCCUGCCGAACACCGAGCUGAUCAACUUCUCCAAGCGCAGACGCGUGGCCGAGAUCACUGGCGAAAUACAGCAAUAUCAGAAUCAACCUUACUGUUUAAAGGUCGAUCCUAGCAUAAGGCAUUUUCUAGAAAAUUUAGAUCCUUUUAAAGGAAUGAGCAUAACGGAAAUUCAAAACUAUCUGUACGAGGAGAGCAAACGGAUAGAGCCGAAAAAUUGUCGCCAGCCUUUGAAAUUCCAACGCAAAUGGCCGGACAUUCCACUGAAGUCGCCCGGCAUUAAGCCAUCGUCGAGACGCAACAACAGCUCGGCCAACUCGUCGAUGACGCUGCCGGGCACGCUGCCGUACAGCAAAACGUCCCUGCUGGCGAAUAGCGAUACGGGCGAACAGUCACCGCCGGCCUCAUCGUCCUCGUCCGUGCACGACUAUUCCAUCUUUGCCUCGGUCAACAUACACUCGUCCUCUUCCGGCACAUCCUCGCUCUCCUCGCUGUACUACCAGCAGCAGCAGCAGCAGCAGCAACUGCAAAUGCAGCAACAGUUUACGCAGCAGCAAUCCACCAACUUUUACCACAGCCAGCCGCCGGGCGGUGCCAUCGGAGCAGCAGGUACCAGCGGUGGCAGUUCGUACUCACAUCACGGUGCGCACCACCAUCCCCAUCAGCAGCCGCCGUACCUGCACCACCAUCACCAUCCCCAUUACAACCAGCCGCACCACUAUCAGCCGAGCUUCUCGCAGUCGAUAGCGAACCUGACGACGGCCGGCGGCGACAACCAGAUGAUGGCGCCGGAGAUACCGCGCCGCUCGGAUAGUAUUAUACUGACCAGCACGAACCAGCUGCUGGCUGGCAGCGGUUGCCUGUCGGAAAGCAGCGGUAGCUACAACGGUGGCAAACUGUUGCCCAGUCCCCGCUAUCCUUCCGCCUCGAUGUCGACGCUGUCGACGGUUUCUGGCGGUUCAACGGUGCCUUCCGCGGGCGGCACCGGAGGGAUGGCCGGCGGGGCCUCGAGCUACUCCAUCGGGGGCAGCCUGUACAGUGGUUCCAGCAGUGAAGCAUCGGGCUACGGUACGGCUAGCUCAGUCACGUCCUCGUCCGCGGCCAGUAUUGUCUCAAUUUCGCACAACGAUGGCAGUGUGCAACAGCAGCAGUCCGCUGCUGCGGCGGUGGCGCUGACCCAACCACCCGACAUUCCGCCAGCCAUCAGCCCACGGACUGACAAACCACAACCAUUGCAUCCACCACCACCUCCUCCGCCCCAGUACGCGGGGGCGGGGGCUAACGGGGGGGGUGUCGGCGGCAGCAGCACCACCGGCACAACACUGGCCAGCGCGACGAACGCUACAGCAUCCAUCGUCAACAGUACUAGCAGUAACUUUAGACAUAAUACAUCCAAUUCUAUCAAAAAUCAAAACUGUGAUUUUACUUACACCAUCCCAGGCUGCAGUUCCGCAACCAGUAAUAGUGGUUGCGCACCACCGCCCACGAACGCCACCACCGGCCGCUCGUCGUCCUGUGAGCAUUCGCCCAUAUUUCCUUCCAGUCCCAAAAUCCAGCUCCAGCAGAAUCAUCCCACCGCGGGUACGACUCCGCCCUGCCCGCAUCAUCACCAUCACCAUCCCGCAACACAACAUCACACCGAUACGGCGGCGACAGUCGAUGUGCAGCAUGCGCACCAGUACAGCGGUAGCAGCAACGCGGCGUCACCAUCCGCCAGCAGCGGCCAUCCGUGCCAGCAGUGCGCUAGUGACGGCGGUGGUGGCGGCUUGCCGAACAGUGCCGACUUUGGUCCGAUCCCGAUCUCACCGCACGUCAACGUACCAAAUACACACAACGUCCUACCGCCCAUGCCGCCACCACUACCUCCUAGGGUUAAGCGAAAAGAAUCUUCCAUCGAAUCGUCCCAGUCGUCUCAGAUACGGCAAGCACCGGAUGCUCCGACGCUACCACCGAGAGACGUUAGUCCACCUCCGAUACCACCAAGGAUUUACCCCCAGUCGCACUACCAUUUCGGUGUCGCCGGCCAGAGCGGUACGACACUCCUGCUUAACUACACGCAAAGCCCGGGCGCAACUGUUGGUGGUGGUUUCCCAAUGGACGGCACCAACUGGAACCAUUCCUCGAUGCAUGCGGCGAAGGAUGAAUCGACGUCAUCGUCGUCCUCCUCGUCGACGCUAACGAGGGACAAUUUGAACCAGUACAAUCAGCACGGUGGCGCCGGGACGACGGCCAGCAGCAGCAGCAGCAGUAUGGAGCAGCGUUUGCUAAUGCUGCCGCACACCAGCACGAUCAUGAUGCGUCGCAACUCGGCCAUGGAUCGUGCGGCGAAGGAAAACAUUCCGAACAUUGCCACCUCGAGCUCGCUGUCGGGGUUGUCGACGAUCGCGGCCGGCACUGUGCUGGGGGCGGGUCCGGGCAAUACCACGAUGAAUGCUGGCGGUGGUUCCUCCGUUGCCGGUACAUCGGUCGGUAGCAGUCCGUCGGCGAUCAAAAACAAAUCGGUACAGAAUUCCCCGAGCUCGGGUCCACCACAGCAGCAGCCUAAUGUACUUUGCCGAAGGGCCAGUACAAACAUCUCGCCACGCUUUUCGCCCGGUGAAACGACACCAAAACUACCGCCUAAACCGAAACAGAACAGCAUCAGCUCAGAUCGUACGAUGUUUCCUUACCCGAGUACGAACUGACCAAACGGUAGCAGUCCCGGCUGUGGAAGAUACUUCAUUCGUUAGCAGCCUAUGCAGCGAUUGCGAUCAGUGUUGUUCGCAAGCACACAUAUGCCCCCGCUGUUCGAAGGGAAGGACAUGGAAUCCUUGCCCGGACCACUGGAUGGAACUUGUGUCGCGUUCAUAGUAAGAGAGCAGAGACGUACAACAAACCCGAAUCCUUUUUAUGUCGACUUUCGGAGGUUUGAGGAUGAUUGCAUUUAAGGAAUCUGUGUGUGCCAUACGAGCGGUAUUGUUUUUUUUUACCUUUUAGCGUUUUCUUUUAUCUAACUAGCGUAUGCCCUCCGCCACGACAGCACAGCACUCCCCGAUGAGUGUUUUUUUGUUUUGUUUUGUUUCUAGUGUUACCGGGGGGUUUUUUUUUAGUUUGAGUGUUUGCGUUUUAAACUUUAACAUUUAUCUGACACACUGCGGCAAAACACCGACCGUGUGAUGCGCAGCAGAGGCGCAAGUAUUAGUACAGACAAGAUGGGUUCGAACCUCUUGCAAACGAAUCGAUUUGUGCUUUGGUUUGUGGGAUUGGUGGACGGCCGCCGGUGGAUUUGCAAUACUUAAAAUCGUGAGAGGGGCGUAUGUGUGUGUGUGUGUGUGCAUUUGAAAGACUGUAACAGUGGCGUUACCUUGUUUAUUUUCCCUGUUGGCAUGCUACAUGUUGGGAAGUGUACUAUUAAUAGCAGUGUUCGUAAUUGUGUUGUUCGCGGAAUAUUACUGGCCAUAGUAGCCAACCGGUUCGGCACACACACACACACACUCUCAUUUCCUAAAGCCAGGCUACAUGAUGCGAGAUGCCAAAAAGAUUUCGCUAAAACGUGGGGGUUAUGCGAAAUCUAUCCGUCAAAAAGAUUUCGCCUCCUCGAGCUGAAAUCUCGGAAAGUUUUCGCUUCUCUCGAGCCCUCUCUGUCAUUUUCCAUGCGUUGCCAUAGUAGUUUUCGGUUGAAGAGAGAGAGAUAGCAUGAUAGUGCUCUAAACAACGCGGGUAGAUGAACCGAAAUGAAUUUGACGGAAAAAUUUCGCAAAUCCCCCCCUUUUUAGCGAAAUCUUUUUGGCAUCUCGCAUCAUGUAGCCUGGCUUCUACAUCUCUCUGUUUCCAAAGUGUUCCGUAGUAGUUGUAGUACAACCACCACCAACACCACCACCUUUUUGCAAGUAUUCCGGUUUGAAGCGUGUAAAGCGCUGUGUGUGUGUGCUCCUUUCAUGCUAUUGUUGUUGCACACUAGUGUUUCAUGCUGAGCUUAUACUAUGGUCUCGAAGGAAUGCAAUUGUGCAUGUAAUUCUUUUCUUUAAAACGUAAACGGUGGAAGCGAGAAAAAAGAAACAAACACACACACACUUACAGACGACCAAAUAUGCCGCUGCACAGUAUACGCCGCAGCAGCCUGUAUCGGAUGGAUGUGGAUAUAACAAUACAAACAAAUGCGCUAUAGUAAAAGUGUAGACCCUAGUGUUGGGUGAAGUAGCUCUUUUUAAAGAGGAAGAGGGCAACUGCUCACUAACAUGUGAGAAUGUGAUGCCUCCCGGUAGCUCCGCACUCACGGACGGCGAAGAGUGCCCGUUUGAGAGCCCUCCCGGUAGCUCUCGAGCUCACUAACCCAACUUACUACCCACGACGCCCCCUCGUCGAGAUUAAAUCUCACCACGGAACCAUGUUGGGAGGAAGCUGAACCCCCUUCCCCCCCCCCCCUCAGUAUGAUAAACGGCCAAGCCAAACCCCCUUAUACCCUAACCAGGCAUACACAAAAGCUAAGUGAAGGGGGAAGAGCACACAUACAGUCGGCAGUGCAGUACAGAACAAAUGUUCAUUGUUGUGUAAAAUGUAGCUGUUUUAUAUGGAACAUGAUGAUUAACCAAAAACAAAACGAAUGGGCCGAAAGAGAAGAAACAACAACAAACUAAUACACUGUGAGUGAGUGAAGGUGUGUGUGUGUGUGUAAAUAUGCUUGGUUUAAAUACAUCGUUUAACAGUUUCAUGCUAGUAUGUGUUGAAUUUUGAUGAACGCGCGAACUGUGAAGGAUGUUUAUAUAGGGGCACGCGCAUACGUGUGGAGCAGGAACAAAAUUAAUACAAUAAAUGUUGCUACUACUAGUAAGUCAGUAAUACUACACCACACACAAACAUCUCAUUAACAUAAAAGAAAACAUCACAAAACCACCGGCCAGAACAAACACUGGGUAAAGGGCUGAAAGGUGUAGGAAGAAGCAAAACAGGGAAGCCAAACCAGUUCGCCGCAGAACCACGCAUGAACCCCUUGGACCGAAAGGAUGCGAGCUAGCUUUGAGCUACUCUACGAGGCAAAAAUGGAACAUAAACACAGACAAAAUGGUGAUGAAAUCGUUAGAAACUAUAAUACGGAGCAGCACUAGAAGAACAUCUGGAACCUGGAAAAGCUGGCAGUCGUAGCAGGAUAAACAACACACACACACACACACGCAUACAGAGGAAAAGGGAAAUAUUGUGUAACUAUGUGAAUGUGUUAUGUGUAAAUAAGUAUGUAUGUUAUACAAGGUAAAAGUAAGGCACAAUUACUACUUGCUACUACCACUAACAACACUACUACGAUACAAACACAGAACAAAAACAAAACAAAACAAAGCCUCAAAGGGGAGGGAAGAACAAGUCCGGUAAGAAGAAAGAAAGCAUACUAUACACAGCAGCAACAAGCAUAGGCGGAUAAACGGUAAGAAAAAUAAAAACCCCCAACAACUAAGAAGAAAAGAAACAGGAAGCCGAACAAGGUGGUCUUAUAGGUGGGAUUCGAUGUGAGCGGUAAGAGCUGAUCGGAAGCUAAACAAUAAUUAAAAUGCCCCACACGCACGAGAUUUAACUGUGUGCGAGGUUGCAAUUUGUUGAAGCAUAUUUGUGUCUGUGUACAUUCGGUGCGAUCGGUUGGUUGUGUGUGUGUGAAUAUGUAGAAGGGGAAUUGGGUUAGCUGAAUGUUGAGCGAUUGGAGGUGGCGAGAGGAUAUCACAGGUUAAAUCACGGGGAGAGAGGGCUUUUAAGGAUCAAAGUGAGACUGGUCGAUUAGUUGCGGCCUGCGCCUGUUUCAUUUUUAACGCGAUCGAACGAGUGCACACUUACUUUCGCUCCUUAAAGGCCCCACCCCCCCAACAGUGCAAAACAGAGAGUAUAAGAGACAGGAAGGCGCGAUCCGAUCGUAAACAAUGUUGUACUAUAUACAAGAUUUUAUGUAAAACCAAACCCCCCCCCCCCCCCCAACCAAGCAGUGUAAGAAAUUGUGUAACUGUGUAAAACGACCGAGUAAAGAGCGGAUUGAGCGAACGAAAAGCAAAAACACACAAGUAAAAGAAUGAAGAGAGAUAUAUUAUAUAUAUAUACAGAGCGAAGCAAAAAAAAACCAUAUAUAUAUGUACGCUGUAAAGGAGAUGAUGUUGAAGAAGAAGGAAGAAUGAAAUUCGUUGAGAUUAGUGGCAACAACAAAAAAAAAAAACAAACAAAACCAGAGGAUUUGCUAAGAAAAGUUUAUAAACGGUUGAACGGUAGAACAAAACAGGCAACAACAAAAAAGGAAGAAGAAACGCGGAAAAGCUGGGAAAUGGAGUACGAAAUACGAAAACAACAAGCUGUGAAUGAAAGAGCGGAACGUAACUGUUGGAAAUAAUGUAAAAAAAAAAAAACAAAACAAACGAAACAAUGGUACAGAACAAAACAUUCAAA